UUCGGUUAUUUAAGUAUAACACUCACUUUAUGCUAAUCCCAAAGGCAUAGGGGCGUGUCUACUGUAUUAUUAUUAUUAUUUUUUAAUUAUUUUAUAUUAACAUAUAUGAUUACUUCUUAAUAAUAAUUUUUUUUAACUUUAAUGUAUUCGUUUUUAUUAUUGUCAUUAAUUACGACUUGCUGACUUCGAAAUCUUUCUCCUCUUUUUGUCACAGCGGCCGAUCGAGCCACACGCGACCAAAGGUGCCCCAACACCGAGCUUCUUAUUAGCACUCCGUGCCGAAUCGAACCACAACAUAUCAUGUCACAGCCACGUAUAAAUAAAAUCACGUUUUUGCGUACCCAUAAAGUAAAUCCUAAAAUACGCGAACGUAAAGCGACCACGACACACUAGCAAAUGUCUCGAAGAUGGCCUCUCCGACCGUAUCUUCGAACGCGCUCGCCACCAAGCUUUGCCAAUUGCCAGCGUAUACCUAACGCUGCGCAAACUGCACACAGCAGCAUUGAGCUCCGACCGACGAAAGGCGAACUAUGUACCUACGCCUAGUCACUAGAUCUCUACAAUGAUUUUAUGUAAAUAAAUUUCGUUGCAAUAUAUAGCCUUACGACGCAAAUUCUAUAUAUUAUAUUUUUGUAACAAUAUAUCGCUUUACGGCGCAGUCACGCCCUAAAAAGACUUUAAUUUUUUAUAUUUUUCUGAAUACUUCACCUCUACCUUUUGCAACGUAGUCAAAAACGAUAUGUUGGCGCCAAGAGUCGGUCGGCUACCUGUGAGAGUUCCCUUUGCCUAUCUCACACACCCCCACUUGCGCGCCACAGUCCGUUAUUCCACUAAGAGUAUUAUGCUGAUCCAAAAACUGACCCCACCUGCAGGGCGCUACUUGAAAUUACGGACGAUAGUUGGUCUUUACCGCACAGGCAGCGCUUGUGAGCUACGGCAAUACAUUUCGGUUACCUACCUAUCUGCAAUUAUUUACUCUUCAUUUAAGCAACAGUCCUUCGAGUCGACAACACCGUGAAAUCCACGCAUAUAUCCAACCAUCUGUAGUUUUAGUGCUGUACCGCUGUGGCUUGUGACCCUUAGAUUAUAAAGAAGUGGAUCCAUAAUAACAAUAUAACGAGCAAAUUUACACAAUCGUUAAUUUAUAUUAGUAGAGUGUAUGUAUUACAUCUUUGCUUGUGUUCUUACACUAUGAAUGCCAUGCAAAUGAUACCCAUGGAAGCGAUUGUGAAGAGUGCAUCAAAAGUGGCAUUCUUGCCUAUUUUGUUUGCGACUAUUAAUUAUUUCUAUAACGACAAAAAGUAUGCUGGUUCAGGGAUCAUAGAUAUGCCUGGAUCUUUACUUCUGCGCCAAUACGAUUUCAUUAUAGUCGGAGCUGGAUCGGCAGGUGCGGUGCUAGCGAAUAGAUUGACAGAAAAUACAAACUGGAAUGUACUACUAAUUGAAGCUGGUGGAGAUGAAACGGUACUAUCAGACGUACCUUUGUUGGCUACCAACUUACAACUCUCUGAGUUAGAUUGGCAAUAUAAAGCCGAAACUCAGUAUACAGCAUGUUUGGCUAUGGAAAAUCAGCGCUGCAAUUGGCCACGGGGCAAAGUCAUAGGUGGGUCUAGUGUGUUGAACUAUAUGUUGUAUGCACGUGGAAACCAAAUGGAUUAUAAUAAUUGGGCCAUAGAAGGUAAUCCAGGUUGGGAGUACCAUGAUGUGCUCCAAUAUUUUAAAAAAUCAGAAGACAACCAAAAUCCGUCUCUAACCCAGUCUCCAUAUCAUUCGAUUGGCGGCUAUCUGACGGUGUCUGAAGCGCCGUAUAAAACACCGUUGGCCAACGCGUUCAUCGCGGCUGGCCGUGAAAUGGACUAUAAUAUCCGCGAUAUAAAUGGUGAACAUCAACUUGGUUUUAUGAUACCUCAAGGUACCAUCAGAAGAGGCACCAGAUGCAGUACGGCAAAAGCUUUUUUAGCACCAGCCAGACUGCGAAAGAACCUACACGUAUCCAUAAACACUCAUGUCACACGUUUGAUAAUCGAUCCUCAUACAAAAAUCACGACAGGCGUCAAAAUGAUGAAGAAUAACAAACUGUAUACCGUUAAAGCCCAAAAAGAGGUGCUGCUGUCUGCAGGUUCCAUUAAUUCUGCACAGCUACUUAUGCUUUCGGGAAUAGGUCCUAUAAAUCAUCUAGCAAAAAUGGGUAUACCAAUUAUAGCCGAUUUAGAUGUGGGACAAAAUCUUCAAGACCAUAUUGGAUUCGGUGGUCUCACAUUUUUGAUAAACGAAAAGGUGUCUCUAACGCAACAGAAAGCAGAAAAAACUCUGUCAAUUCUAGACUAUGCAUCGAUGGGCGAAGGGCCAUUGACGAUCAUGGGUGGUGUCGAGGGAUUGGCGUUUAUUAAUACCAAAUACGCUAAUCUAUCGUUCGAUCAACCAGAUAUAGGGUUACAGUUCAUGUCUGGUUCCACCAAUUCUGAUAGUGGUGUACCAUUAUGGAAAGCUCAUGGGCUGAAAGAAGAGAUUUAUAAUUCCAUUUAUAAGCCAAUUCACAAUGAAGAAGUUUGGUCUGCUAUACCAAUGUUGUUAAGACCCAGGAGCCGAGGUGAAAUACAGUUGCGGAGCACCGAUCCAUUCGAGCAUCCAAGGAUCUUGCCCAACUACUUGACGAACCAUAAAGAUAUAGUGACGUUGGUGGAGGGAAUCAAGUUUGUAUUAGCAAUGGCCAAAACCACGCCGUUCAGUCAGUACGGGAGCCGUCUGCACAACAUAACAUUCCCCGAUUGUGCUAAAUUGUUGCUACUCACUAACGCCUACUGGGAAUGUAUGGUCCGGCAAUACACCGUGUCCAUGAACAAUCCAGUGGGUACUGCCAAGAUGGGCCCCAAGUGGGACAAAACCGCUGUGGUAGACCCACAGCUCCAGGUGCACGGCGUCAACGGACUCCGGGUGGUGGACGCAUCGAUCAUGCCCACGAUAGUCAGUGCAAACACCAACGCGGCGGUUAUAAUGAUUGCCGAGAAAGCCGCGGACAUGAUCAAGUAUAAAUGGCUCUAAAUGAAACCGUGACACAGCUAUAAUGAUCACAACACUCGCAAAUAUCUAUUGUAUUUUUUUUAUUUUUUUAUUUUAUUUUUGAUAAUAAUUUUUAAGAAUGUACUUUUAGUUUUCUCUUUUUUUGCCAACAUGAACUAUUUAGUUUAGUCUAUAGUAAAGUAGUAACUAUACAUAAACUGUUUAUGUCCGACUAAUACUUAACAUAUUUAAGCAAAAUCUUUACUUUUUUUUUUGUCAUAGAAUAAAAUCACUAGUUACAAAAUUUAUAUUCUCAUAAUAUAUUUAAUUUUUAAGAUAUUGUUACAUAAACAGACAGCACUAUCGUGAGUAAAUUACACUAGGUAUAUUAAAUAAUAAUAAAAAGUGCUCUUAUGAG